AUGGGCAAAUUAAUGUAAACAUUACAGAACACAAAAGUCAGUCAAAAGAUGGCGGACGGCAAAGAGCUUGUUGAUCUGUUAGAAGGCCGUAUUCCCGAGGCUAGGAAGCAGCUUAGGGACAGCCAUAAGAAUCUCGCGGACCUGGCAGCCUACUGUGAGCACAACUAUGUCGAAUCUGGACAGGGUGGGGCACAGUUGGAAGAAACAAAACGGUAUGCAGCACAAUCACUGGCUAGUGUCGCCUAUCAAGUGAAUGUAUUGGCUGUCGGUGUGUUGGAGCUACUGGACAAGCAAAUGAAGCAAAUGGGUGAAAUGGAGGCCAGUAUACAUCACAUUUCGCAGGCAGUGGACAUCCAUAAGGAGAAGGUGGCUCGCCGUGAGAUAGGAGCUCUGGCCAGCAGCAAGAAUAUCACCCGGGCACAAAAGGUGGUCGUCCCGGCACAGAAGGAAAGACCCCAGAAGUUCUUUCGACAAAGACUGGAUUUCACGUGUCUAGAUGGGAUAGGGCAUGGUACCAAAGUGGCUGACUCCACCACCAGGAUUGAUGAGCGCUACAGUGGCAAGGAGGCCCCUAUGGAGAUGUCCUUGAGCAGCCUGGGCAGCAGUGGAAGCAUCGGCAGAGCUGCUGGGAUCACUCAGAAGCAAGAACAGCCGUCCUUUACUCGACCCAUGGCACCGGUCGCUCCCAUUGCUCCAGUCGCCCCCAUUGCCCCCUACACUGCUCCCCCUAUGGCCCCCAUGGGAGAUCUCCCACCACCUCCACCCAUGACCAACAUGGCCCCACACACUCCCCCAAUGGCCCCGAUCCCACCCGGCCCACCCCCUGUGUACACCUCUGCCCCGCCACCUCCUCCACCGAUGGCCCCUGGUCCCCCUCCACCACCACCAGGACCAGCUCCCCCCACAGCAGGAUACCAGGCCCCUGCUCCACCCCCACCCCCACUAGGUCCUCCCGGAGGAUAUCAGGCACCUGCCCCGCCUAUUCCACCCGUAGGGUACCAGGCGCCCGCACCCCCACCACCUCCACUGAGUAUGGGAUAUCAGCCGAUGGCUCCACCUGUGGGACCUCCAGCUCCUCCACCCCUACCUGUAGCAGCAACUGGAGGUCCGCCUGCUCCCCCUCUCCCACCUAUGGGAAUGGGGGCUCCACCCCCACCUGCUCCGCCCCCUAUCGGUGGACCUCCUGCUCCUCCGAUGGGUGCUCCAGCCCCACCUCCACCACUAGUUGCUGGGGGAGCGCCGCCACCACCACCACCUCCUGGUGGUCCAGGAGCUCCACCCCCUCCCCCACCCCCACCCCCUGUAAAUAUUCCAAAGAAGGUGGAGAUUCGUCAAACAAAUUCCAAGCCACCUACACCCAAACAACUGCCACCUCCCUCUCCUGCGAGCUCUGGCCCAUUUGGAUUCAACCCUGCUGCCAUCAAGCUCAAGAGCACUGGGUCUAGGUUAGUCGCUGGUCGUGGAUCCACUGAUAAGCCCCCCAGCCAGCCAUCACCCAACUUGGCAGACACACGUGGCAAACCCUCACCUCAGGUGGCCCCUCGACCCACUAGAUCCAAUAGCCUGGCUAGGAACUCUUUGACUCAAGACACACCUCCUCCACCGCCGCCUGGCCCACCAGCAGCUGCCCCACCCCCUCCUCCACCUGGGCCUGCUGGAGCACCCCCUCCCCCACCCCCGCCACCACCAAUGGGAUUUAAUGCAAAUAAGAGCUCAGAGCCUAAGUCGCCGGUGGUCAAGGCUGCAGCUCCCAAGCCCAAACCUGCUCCCACAGGAGGUGGAGGAGGAUUUAACCCUGAUGACAUCCUCAAGGCUCGCUUGGGCGGGGCCAGGAGGACCAGCAACAAGGCCCCGGUUGAACCACCUCCCCCUCCUCCACCGCCUCCACCCUCCUCUGAGCCAGACUGGGCACCACAAACCUAUCUAGAGAAAGUUGAGGCCUUGUACGACUACAGCAAGGACAAAGACGAUGAGCUGUCGUUCACCAUGGGAGCCACAAUUUAUGUCGUCAAGAAGAACGAUGAUGGAUGGUACGAGGGUGUCUUCAAUGGAGUCACCGGGCUCUUCCCGGGGAACUAUGUGGACGCGGCCGAGUCAACCGCCUAACUGUGUUGAUACUUAUUAUGUUCUAAACAAUGCUAGAUUGAUCAGUAUUUUCAGAGUUUAAUAUACAAUGUCAUUCAUUUUGUUG